CAGGCACAGAAGAGCCGGCGCGUUACUGCCGCGGGACGCUCUCUUCACACUUUCUCUGAAGAGCGAGGAUAACACUCAGUGAUAACGUUGUCAGCGGGCCGGCACCAUGUCUGAGGGCAGAAACCAGCAGCUUGAAGAAGGGGCGGACAGCAGCGGGGAGCUGGAUGACGACGAGAUCCUCGCCACCUUGUCUGCUGAAGAAUUAAAACAACUUGAAGAAGAGGCGGACAGCAGCGGGGAGCUGGAUGACGACGAGAUCCUCGCCACCUUGUCUGCUGAAGAAUUAAAACAACUGCAAACUGAGAUGGAAGACCUGGACCCUGACCCAUUGGUGCCCUUGGGCCACAGGCAGAAAGAUCACACGGAGAAAGCGCCCACUGGCUCCUUCGAUCACAGAUCCUUGAUUGAGUACUUGUUCUGGGAGAAGAAAUCGAAUCGACUGCUGGAGAAAGAGAGGAUUCCGGCCACUCUGCUGGCGAGCCAGCAAAAUUCAAUGAAAAAUGUCAAUGAAACUCAAGCUGAAAACCACUGUGAGGAGGAAAGGAAUGAAAGUGAGGUGGAACACGGAGAUGAAGGAGGAGAAGGAGCGGAUAACCGUGAUGGAAAUAGUCCGCAGAUCCAGCAGGUGGAAGGCGGCGAGCCGGAGAGCAAAGCCGUCCCUUACAAAUCAGAGAAUGAGAAGGAGCUGGUGGAGACGAUGAAGGCACAACAAGACAAAGAAAUGCCAGUGACUGAAGCCGAUGCUGAACAGAGCAGCGACACGGAGAAAGCCGAGGAAGAGAACCUGGAGCAGCCGCACGGCCAGCGGCUAAUCGAAGACACCGACUCUUUGUGUGGCAAGGCAGAUGCAGGAUCCUCCAAGGAUCGGGACGAAGAACAUAAUGACGAAGGAGAGCCCAAUAAAGAACUCCCCGCACCGCAAAAAGAAAGCAGCGAGCCGAAGGGGAAACUAAAGGCGGGAAAGAAGCUGGAAAUGGACAGCAGUUUCCUCAAACUUACUGCUAGGCCUUCAGGAAACCCAACGCUGUUGGACGAGUCGCUAGCCAAUAUCCGCAAGAACAAGCCAGAUGUUAAUGAGGUCAACCUGAAUAACAUAGAAAACAUCCCAAAAGAUAUGCUGAAAAGCUUUGUGGAAGCUUUAAAGAAGAACAAGCAUGUAACCUCUUUCAGCAUCACAAACACAGGCGCCGAUGAUACUAUUGCCUUUGCCAUAGCCAACAUGCUGAGAGAAAACAAGAAAAUCACUACCCUCAACAUCGAGUCCAACUAUAUCUCAGGCAAAGGGAUUGUGGCUAUUAUGAGAUGCUUGCAAUACAACGAGGUCCUGACUGAGCUGAGGUUUCACAACCAAAGGCAUAUGUUGGGGCACCAUGCUGAGAUGGAGAUCGCCAAGCUUCUCAAAGCCAACACAACGCUGCUGAAGUUGGGAUAUCACUUUGAGUUGCCAGGGCCCAGGAUGGUAGUCACCAACUUGCUGAGUCGCAAUCUGGAUCAGCAGCGGCAGAGGAGACUGGAACAACAGAGAAACCAGUCUGCACAGGAGCAAGAAAUCAUGGUGAACGCCUGUCAGAAAAUCUCCCCCGACACUCUGGCUAUGUUGGGCGCCUACAUGCCGAGUUUCUCCAACCUGUGUGAGGAAGAUCACUUCCUUCCACCCGUCGCCUUUCACAGUCUCUCGCAGAGCACUGCUCCUAAAGUGCAACUUAGAAAAACGCCCAAACAAACAAGUAAAAAAAAGGUUAUUCAAGAUAGAACAGGUGGGAAUGAAACGCCAAACUUAAAGGCUAUGAUAAGGUCGCUAAAACCAGUUCCCAGGACGCGGCAGGCACCUGUGGUUGAACUUACCCCUCGAGAUAAUUUGCUAAAUGAUAUUCGUCAGAGCAACGUGGCCUAUUUAAAAUCUCAAGCAAAUACAGCUUUCACAUGUUAUAUAACUGUUGCUGAAGAUAUAGUGGACAGCUUGGACACCUCAACAUUCCAUGAGUAG